CGCGACUUUCGUCACUUUACCCGAUUCCGCAGCGGAACUCUCAGUAGCUCUAGUAGUAGAAGUACUAAUUAUUUUUAAUUUCAUUAAAUUAAAUUAAUUCUAAAAUACUGUUUAAUAAUCUUCAUAGACCAGAAUAUAUUUUGUUUCUUGUAAAAACAGGUAAGUUAACAACCCUAGAGCGAGGUAACGACGUAUGACGUCAUCCUUUUUUGAGUUAGCAUCUGGCUUCAUCGAAUUUUAUGACGUUGUCACGUCAAAAAAAUUUUUUUGGAGUUCAUUCCCUACAUGCAAAGUGAAAAUGAAUUAAGGGAUUAAAAUGCGACCUUAAUUUACGGAAGCAGAGUAAAGAUAUAUACCAGAAGUCUGAAUAAUGAGUAGAUACCUAAGCAGGCAUUGUUUAGACACGGUAUAUUGCAAAUGUCAUUGAAUUUGAAUCCUAAUUUUGUCACUCACUGACUGACCGCACUGACACAGCGGUCGGACGUGCUCUGCCUCGCCCGCCGGCGCCGAGUGCCGACUGUGGCUGUUGUCGUGUCGUGUGUCCACUCGCCGCCGGAAGGGCGACAAUGGGCCCGCGCGCUGCACACAAUUCACCGGAAGACGGGAACUUCCACCGGCGGAAAGAAACCCAUUUAAAGAUAAUUGCUCUUGUAUAAUGGUAACAAACAAUCCGCUUUGUACAUUGCUGCGUGACUCUACUGAAGGCUUUUUUUCCUUUAUUUUUAUUCUUAUUAUGUAUGUAGAUUGUAGAGACGUUAUUGAUCAUAACUUUUGCGGGCUACCGACUUGUACACUGCAGUUUAAACUGUACAGUCGUACUGUGAUAAACCGUCCGUGUAUGAGCAAUCCGAGAGCUGUAUAGUUAAACUUUCCUUGUAUGAGCAAUCCGAGAACUGUACAGUUAAACUUUCCUGGUAUGAGCAAUACGCAAAGCGCAACCUACAUACUUACCUAUCGCGAAUAUAACAAAUUGAUAUAUUUAUUGAAUAUAAGAUAUUUAGAUCGUUGCGUAAUUAAAUAGUUGUGUGCUUUAUGUGUAAGUGUUCGAUGUAGGUAGUAUUGGAAACUCGGAAUAAAUAAAAAUAUACGUGCACACACCUAUUUGGGGUUUCGUCUGAUUUCUGAGCAAAUGACCGUUACUUGACUGAUUUAUUUGUCAUUUGCACUUUCAAUAACAAUUGACUCGUACCGCAUUGUUAACUUUGUUAAGCCUGCAAUAGUUGUUCACAUUGCGCCCCCCGUCGGCCGGGCGGUCGGGGCGGGCACUUCCGGCCGCGAGCAGGUACACCGGAACUUGUGCCCCGAGCCGCGGCCUGCCGAGUUGCCACCUCUCGCCGCCGCGCCGUCUGCUCGGGAGGCGGCGGGAUGCUGACGAGCUCGAGGGCACAGUUGGUAUUGGAGGUUCCAGGUUCGAUUACUAGAUCGGACCUAUUUAGGAUUUUAUAUUUUCUAAAUUAAAAAGAAGGAGAUGUUAAGAAGUUUAUUAGAAAAAGCGAAUUUAUUAUUAUAGUACUCUUCAAGAAAAUAUAGUAUUUUUUAAGAAAAAUCGUACUUAUACUUAUUUAUAUGGACUUGUUGCACUUUUCAGGACCUUUUGUCUAACAUAAGAGUAUCAUAUUACUUUGAAAUCUGCUUUUUCACAUACAAUUUUUAAAUUAUUGAAAUUGAAAAGCUCAUUUUUUCAACGUUCGCUUAAAGUACGGAACUCUAUACCUAUAAUAAAUCUGUAGAGAUUGUAUGUAAUAUCAGUCAAUUCUGUACAUGAAAUACAUUGCCAAAAUAACUAUCAUAGGUUGAUUAGUGAUCGAUACUGAUGACAAAAAUGCAAUCAGUGUAAUUGUUGUCUGUCUGUCUGUAUGUUCGUUAUAGAAACAAAAAUUACUCGACGGAUUGUAACGAAACUUGGUACUCCUGGGCAGGUGAUCAAUCAAUAGGAGCAGAGCAGUGAAGGGAAACGUUUGGAAAACGGGAAAAGUUAAUCCAUUUUUACAGCGAUACCACUGUAAGGGACGGACUAAAGAGGUCUAAGAGCGGAAAAAGUCGCGGGCGUCCGCUAGUUAAUAAUAAAAUUGUGAUCUCCAUAGCGUAAUACAUCAAAUGAAAGAACUUGCUAAGAGGAUCUCACAAUAAAUGGUUCCCAAGUUCAACCAAACGUACUCGUACUUACUAUUCAAGAUUAGUUCAAACUUGAAUCUCUGAAACUACUGAACCUAAAAUUAAUAACUUAGCUUUUUAAUAAUAAAUUACCUAUUUUGAAACUUUAAUUUUUUUUUAAUAUCAAGGUCAUUUUUGGAAGUAAGAUGGAAAAUCAUAAAAAAACUCAAAUUGCAACGUGUGACACAUCAAAUGAAAUAGUAAGUUAAGAGGAUCUCAAAUAAUAGGUCGAGGAAUAAAUGUUUUCGCAUAUAGUAUGUAUGAACUUGUAAUAAAGUCUGUUUGGCUAUACCAUUGGUAUUGGUGAACUAAAGCGUGUUGAAUUUCAAAGAUCAGUAGGGGCGGCAAAAAUUGAAUAGCCUACUGUAAAUCCGCCAUCACGCAGGAUUUGUAAACAAUCGUCAUCAUGUUGGAAACUUGUAAACAUAAGUAAAAAGACCGAAAGACACCUAUCCUAAAAUUAAGUUAAAGGUAGAGCCAGCGCCGGAAUCGAACCCGUGCCUCGGCGGCGGGCGACGCGCGUCGAGGAAGUCGACAGAAAAAACAUUUAAAACUGUCGCUCGCCAAUUCCGAAAAUAAGUUUGGCGGGAAGCUGUAAAUAGCUUCGGAAACCGGAAACCGCCCUUACUUAUUGAUUGUGCUCCAGCUCGCGCCGCGGCCGGCGAAACGAGUUCUGACUUCUGCUGCCUCCGCACACGGGCGACAGUCCCGCAGUCGGCAGUGUGUGUGUGUAGCCGACGCGGAAGCGAUUAGUGUCAGAGCCGCGACCACAUGCCGACAGGACGUCAGCUCGUUAUUGAUUCACAAAAACAAUCGCGCCUCUCGCUCGCUCCACCGUCGCUUGGGACACGCGCGAGAGAGACCGACGACCGCACCCGCAUCGCAUCCGGUUCCUACGUCGACCGCCGCCGUAAGUAGCUUCCUGCAAACCUUGCGUUAUUAAACUUUAAACCUUAUUCGAGCUGAACAAGGCGUAUAAUGUUUAAAUUUUUCAUGUGAUUUAAGUCAAUUUUUAUGCGUGGUUUAGCGGUAUCUCGCAUUCAUUCAUGUUUUCGUUCAAACAUUCCUAUUUCCUACUGGCUCAUGGCUGGUGGCUACUACAUUUUAUUCGUGGUUCAACUCUCGUCGCCAGCGGACGUGUCCUCGCCGGCAGUCGUUUGUUUAUUUACGCCGUGUAAUUAAAACCUAAAGAAAAGCAACAACAGUGCAAUUCAUAAGUAGUGCAGUAGUACGAACAGUGUAGAGUAUUGCUGAGCGUCAGUGCUGCGCCAGAGCUGCAUCAGUGCUGCAUCAGUGCUGCAUCAGUGCUGCGUCAGUGCUGCGUCAGUGCAAGUGAGGCGGCUGGCGCGGCGGACUCGCUACACGAUACACUCGCGCUAAAUCGCCCGGCAUGCCGGCCCCGGCGCCCUGCGAGCGGCGCGCGGUCGGCGCGGACGCGGCGCACGCGUGGGCGGACGCGUGGGCGGCGGCGGACGCGGACGCGCUGCCGCUGGACCCGCGCCAGUGGACGCGGCGCGACGUGGGCGCGUGGGCGGCGCGGCGCGGCGCGCGGCCGGAGCGCUUCCCCAUGAACGGCAAGGCGCUGUGCCUCAUGAGCGGCGCCAUGUUCGCGGCGCGCGAGCCCGCCUGCGGCGCGGCGCUGCACCGGGAGUUCCGGCGGCGGCUGGCCAAGGCGCUGGCGCUGCAGCAGCUGCUGGACGCGCUGGCGGCGCCGUGAGCCCCGACGGCUGCACACGACUGUCGCUGUCGACCCGCCGCACGCCGUGCGCAUCUGCAGAUAGUGGAUAACGACGUUAAUAAUUUUACUCAGCGCUUUCAUAAAAAUUGUAUCUACACAUUUGUCAGUAGUUCACAAAUAUGUACCUAGGCAGCAGCGCCCGCGCGCAGCUGGCGAGUGCUCACCACGUGCUGCACCGCUGGUUGCCGGGAGGCGACUGCGGUCGAGGGCUAGUGUACGAGUACAUGGUGUCUACUGCGUUUGCAAACGCUCGCAGCCGAUCAUCGAGGGUCAGUCUUUUAGUUUUACCACAAAUCAAAGACCUGCGCUCGACCCACGUCUCAGUUCCUAGACUUUGGUUUGCAUGAAAGAUGAAUAAAUUACUUCGAUUUUCUUUCACUUAAUUUUAUUUUUUUGUGAUAAAAAUAAUUUGAGAAGAUUGCCGAUCAGCAAAGUUUCUCAACGUUAAAAUGCACAGGAGUAAGACGAAGGUCAUGUCUGAUGCUCAUGUGCCGCUUCAGUCGGUUAUUGUUGAGUUGCUACCGCUCAAUAUAUUAUAUUCCUAGGACACACAGUCCACUUAGGUAGGUCCAAUUUCAAGAAAGAGAUGAAUCGCCGAAUCCAGCUCGGCUGGGCAGCGUUUGCAAGAGGCCUAUGUCCAGGACGUCCAUCGGCUGAGAAUGAUGAUGAUACACACAACUACCCGUUGCUUGAACGUUAUGUAUGUCCGUUUGUCAUAUACUGCGCGUACAUUAACAUUAACUGUGAAUGGAGAAAACAAGAUAAUCUUUUAUUGUUAAAUAGGAUAAUGUAAUUAAUUGGUUAUGCUAAUGAUAGACACAAAUUAGUGAGUCGAUAAUUAUAUUCUAGUCAGGCCAGGGUGUAAAUAAAUAGGUAUUGAGGAUGUAAAUAAAUUGUUAUUUUACUAAAAAAGAAUAAGUGUUUUAUUUUAUUUAUAAUGAGAUGUAGUCGAGUCGAUGUA